UGCCUCCCAAUUUGUGUGUUUAUGGCAGGAAACAAAAUGUGCUGCAUUUCAGACAUUACGAUGAACCUGCAUUUUUCUACGUGAGUAAUAGAUCAUGGCCUCAUUCCAAUGACUCAUCAUGCACCCUCUGUCACCAGCUAAACAGUGCUAGAGCUAACCGUCCUCUUAGCACUGGCUCUGCAUCCAUCGAUCUGCUUGGAACAAAAGAUUUCACUCUCGAUUGUGCCACAGGGCAGCCUCUGAAUGCAUAAGAACAAGGCUGGGGGCAGGGAGAUCUGCGGGAGACAUGGAAGACGGGGCAUGUAUAUCUGAUUCAGCCAAAUAUGAUAUGGUUUGCUGCCCUGCAAGGCUAUUGAGUCGGGAGGAAGAAAUGAACACACUUCUAGGGGUGGAGUGAGGAAGAACAGAGGAAUCUGGAAGAAUGAUCUUUCAGGGAACAGUUGCUCUUAGACAGAUAGGAAGCUGGCCUCCUAUUGGCAGCACAAAUAGGAAGAAAAAAAUAGAUUAUUUGAAAACUCUGGAGUAGUGGCGGUUAGGGGAAGGGGGGAAGGGAGAGAACAGAGAUUCACUGAUGUCCUGCAAAUGUCCGUGGGGUGAUGAAGAAGGGGUCCCAAGAGAGGGGUACUAAGAAAGGACCUCUGAUUUGAUGAGAAAAGAGAUGGAGUGAAAUUUAUGGGAAGCAUGCAAAGACAAAUUCAAGUUUUGCAUGGAAAUAUUACAGAUUGUACCUCCUUCAUUUCGUGGGCUUUUCCUCCCCCAUUUUUCCCUCUAUAGCUGGGGGGGGGGGAGAGAGAGACUAUGCAUUGAAAAACUAAUUCAAGGAAAAAGAAGAUUGAGUCUGGUGCAUACAAGGAUAUUUUUUUUCCCUCCCUCUCCCCUUGCUUACAUUGUUCACUGCUCUUGGGGGAAAGAAAAGGGAUGUAAGGCUUUCCCCCUGCUGCCUUUGAAGCAGAGAUGACAAACAAGAUCAAACCCAGCAUCAGCCAGCACUCCUGAAGCACUUCCCCUCUUCGGAGUGCUUUGCUGACAUGACUUGUGGCGAGACCAAAUGCUCUCUCCAAGGCAACGCCCACCGAAGCCCGUGGAAUUACAGCGGGGGCCCAGACUUAGCAGAGGCUGCAUUCUCAACAUCAGGCUUGCCUUUCAUGAUGAGUUCCGAGUUAAAUGUCCCCGUGGAUCCUCCCGCUUCCACUUGUUGCACUGAGCCGGCUGCUAAGGGCAUGGACUACCGAGACUGGGUGCGUCGCAGUUACCUCGAGCUGGUCACAUCCAACCACCAUUCCGUCCAGGCCCUUUCAUGGCGGAAAUUGUACCUGAGCCGAGCCAAGUUGAAAGCUUCCAGCCGGACUUCUGCGUUACUCUCUGGAUUUGCUAUGGUGGCGAUGGUGGAGGUCCAGCUGGAGAUGCAGUACCAGUACCCCCCGAUGUUGCUGAUUGCCUUCAGUGCCUGCACUACCAUCCUUGUGGCUGUCCACCUCUUUGCCCUGCUCAUCAGCACUUGCAUCCUCCCCAACGUGGAAGCCGUGAGCAACAUCCACAACCUGAACUCCAUCAGUGAGUCCCCCCACGAGCGCAUGCACCCCUACAUUGAGCUGGCCUGGGGCUUUUCCACUGUCCUGGGCAUCCUCCUCUUCCUCGCCGAGGUCGUCCUCCUGUGCUGGAUCAAGUUCCUGCCCGUGGACUCGGUGCUGAGAAACGGCACCGCCAUCGUCCAGAAGACCAGCCAGCACACAGGGUGGCAGGCAGCCCUCAUCUCCACCAUCAUCAUGGUCCCGGUGGGGAUCAUCUUUGUCGUCUUCACCAUCCAUUUCUACCGCUCCCUCGUCCGCCACAAAACCGAGCGCCACAACCGGGAGAUUGAAGAGCUCCACAAACUGAAAGUGCAGCUGGAUGGGCACGACCGGGGGCUGCAGGUUGUGUGAUGGCCAGCGGGUGCCUUUCUGUUUGCAGCUCUGAGGAUUUUCAUAACAGGAAUUAACCCCCAGGUGCCUAACGUUCUCAGAUGCCAAAAUGUUCCCCGGUGGACGCAGGUCUGGGCGGCCAGCUCUUUGAAUUUGUGGGUGAUGUUACUGUGUCGUUAAAACUGAACCCUUUACCUACAUCUAUGCAGUUGUUUGAAGACGGGCUUGUCCUUUAGAGUUCCACAUUUUUAGGUGGGUGGGAAGGGAGACAGAUUAAGCAAUUUUUAAAAAUAUGCAUCAGUUUUAGCAAAGUGGGGUUGUGUUUUUCUGCAGGGGCUUCUAUGCAGAGUGAGGAAAGGGGUGUGAUGCUCUCACCGGCAAUUGAUUUACAAACUUCGCUUCUGGAGAGGAGUUUGUAAAUCACAGUAUGUGAACAUCUGUGGAAUCUGUCCACAGUGACUUUUUUUACACUGGGGGGGGGCGGGGCGGGGACUAUUUCUGGAAUUGUGAAAAGACCAGAAACUGGGGUGGGUGGUGGAUGCUUUCAGAGAUGAGGAGUUUUUCCUCUGUCCAGUUCAAGUAGCUUCUAUAGGGUGGAGAGAGUUCCCAUUGAGAAAGCGGCUAGCGAGGUCUCCAUUGCCUCUGUGGAAGGGCUGGAGAUUAUCUGUCUUUCAACACAAAAACCAGGUCGCAAAGAACAGAAGGGCUUUAAAGAGCACCAUGUAGUAUUUUACACAAGUAGAAAUGCAGGUGUGAAUGCGUAACCAAAGUUUGUUGUUGUGUGUCUAUAAAAGGCUGUAGCCUGAAAAUCUCUCUCCUAGCACAACCCCUAAUGCGCUUUAGAAUGGGCACAGUGUCCACUUGUGCAUUGCACAAGUUUUGUACAUUGCACAAGUUUUGAAAACUGACACAGAGCAGAGCUGGUCGGCCGGUACCCCUAAGCCCAAACAGCCGUCAUCAGCUGCUGCUCAAGCAGUUUUUCGUGUUUGUGUGUGGCCCAAAGCUAUAUCUGUGACGUAGAAACAGGAAGAAGAAUCACACCAUGGGGGUGGGACAUAGGGAGGGAUGGGGCCUCUUCUUCCUGGAAGCAUUCUGUUCCCUGAAGAGCUGGCUGCUUUGACACUUAAACAGCAUUUAUACAGGAUGCCACCCACCACCUCCCCCAGCCACCAAUGUUCAGAAUGUGUUUGUCUAACUGAAAUCAAAAAUUGAGGGGCCAUCCAAGCUUCUUUCUCGUGCAACAACAUGAUCAACAAAUGAUUUGUGAUGAAGUAGCCCUGUUGAGCUGGGGUCAACUUUUAAGCAAACCCACAUAGCAUCUGCCAGCUGCUUGAGCCGUUGUGUCCUGUUUCACGGAGGCUUACAGCACCCCCGGCGUUUCUGUAUUGCAACAACAGGAUAACUGUAUGGUACGUGAGAAGUUUGCGGUCAUUGGGAACUGCACCUUGAAAACAGAAAAAAGUGCUCUUUUGUAUGCGUAACAGUCUUGUUCUGAAAGAAAAUACAGCCUGUUUGCUGUACAAACACUGUUGCCAAAAUGUUUAAAUUAAUCUGUAUAUUGGUAGUAUGUCCUUAACGGCUAUACCUCAUUCCUCCUUUUUCAUGCUUGGCUGCCUGCGGGACACACUAAUCAUAUUAUAACUAAUAAGUAUAUUGUAUUUACAUCUCCUCACUCUUCCCCCACCACGUGUAAAUUGUGAAAUCUGCCUAAACUGCCAGUUAUUAAAUACUUCUAAGCAAUCUUUGA